AUCUCCAGUUUCGACGGUAUCAAGAACAUCCGUCCAUGACGAUUGUAAAAGCUGAAUUAAACGACGAGUUGAUUUUUCCGGCCGUGACCAUUUGUAACACUAACCAGUAUCAUCGUAGCCGGCUGCCAGACGAUGCCCCACUGCAGAAGUUGCUUUAUGACCUCACCCACACCCUACAGGAGAUGUUUAAGUUUUGCUGGUGGGGAGGACGUCGGAUCGACUGCAGUGAGGUUUUUAAAAGAGAGGUAACUGAUGUUGGAGUGUGUUACCGCUUUAAUGGGAACACCUCUGAUGUAUUAACGACGACUACCACUGGAUCUAGAACUGGACUGCGUGUCAUCCUAGAUAUUCAGCAAAAUUUUUCUUUCUUCUCCACAACAUCCAAGUCUGGCAUUAAGAUUGAUUUGAGGAUAUUCUACGAUACCUUGACAGUUACCAAAACAGAACAGAUACCAGAGUUGACGGUACAGGGGAUAUUGGCUGACCUGGGAGGACAUAUGGGCUUGUUUCUUGGAGCUAGUAUACUUUCGGUAACCGAGCUGGUCGAAUUUGUGGCGCUUUUUAUUAUGGAAUGGUGGAAACGAAGACGGCAAAAGAAACCAAAGUCAAGCAGUCCAAGUCAGCAACAAAUGACCGUUAUGGAUAACGUAGCUAUGUCUUGAUUCUUUGUGAUAGUGAUCAGGUGAGACCAAUGGUAUGGUAUUCGCAGAAUGAGUAGGUUGAGAACAAAAUGUGAUAAAGGGAAAAACGUCGAAUAAUAAUUGAACCUUUUCCAAUAAAGACAUAUGAACAUACUUCAAAUAAUGUGGGAGCUAUGUGGGCUUAUAUGGACAAUCCAAUUGAUAGUCUUGAAAGACUGGUUUAAUUUAUUAAAAACUCUUUGCAAACUGAGAAUUCCUUUAAGUUUUUAACUUUAAAUUGUGUGAUAAACUUUCUUUCAACAUGAUCAAGAUGCUUUGAAAUGUUC